CAACACAUGCAAGAUUGGCAAUUGUUCGAGAAGAACAUGAGAGAGAAAGAGAAAUAAGAGGAAAAUAUUAAACACAACCAAGCGAUCACGAGUGAGGUUCUUUCUCAAUUUAGCACUGGUACAAAAAUGUGGUACCAUAUGCAAAAAGAUCAAAUUGUAGCUGCGUACUACAGGAGAAUCAAACUAUAAGUCUAUAACCCAUAAAAUGGCGUCUACACACCAAAAUUGUAAUCUUUAAAGUUUGAUGCACUAUUUAAUGUGUUGCUUUCAAUUAUGUUUUUAAGUGUGUAGCUAAGUGUACUUUUAAUUUACCUUUGAUGUACGAUCUACUUCCAUUAUUAAUAAUAAUAUUUAUUUAUUUAUGUCCGAAUUAAAAAAAUUACAUCAAAAUGUUUGUCAUAAUUAAGUAUAACUAGCUAUAUAAAAAUCAUGACAAAAUUGUCUAACUAAACAACGAAAUCGAUGCUUAAUUGACUUUGAAAAAAUGUUUGUCAUAAUUAAGUAUAACUAGCUAUAUAAAAAUCAUGACAAAAUUGUCUAACUAAACAACGAAAUCAAUGCUUAAUUGACUUUGAAAAAAAAAUGCUUUUUGACCUUUUCGCAGGUUUCCCACUUUUCUUACUGUGGCUCCAUACCUAAAUUACCUAUUUUUGGGGUCUAGAUUCCACAAUUUUCACAUUUACUAUUGUGGGUGGUCUUAAAGAUAAAAUUGUCAAUUUCGUAUGGUUUAGAACGAGGAAUAAUGAUUUUAGGAGAAUGAAAUAGAGAUUCAUGAUGAGGAAAGUGAAUGAUUCAUAUAUAGGUUUAUAUCUGGCAAUUGGCCCAUUGGAAAAAGAAGAGGGAGGGAAAGAGAAACAGAAACAACCCAAAACACCAAGGUUGUCAACCUGCGGGUCGACUCCCAGAUGGAUUUGAAUCGUCCUGGACCUGAUGAGAAAAACAUGCACCACACACCCGCUGGUCUACCCACAGUAAUGUUCUUGGGUUGGAAGGUCACACGACAUCGUUUUUCUUUUUUCGUUUGCUAAUUACACCUAUUUCUAAGUUGAAUAUUUGACUACUAAUGUUAUAUGAGUGUAUAUGAAUUUUCACUACAGGUUGGAUUCAACUACAAAUUAUUAUUUUAAUAUAAUAUUAUAUAUUAUUAUUCUUAUAAAAUUUGAUAUAAUUCAUAAAUUGAAUUGGUGCAAUCCUUCAUUAAACCUCAGCCCAAUUGCUCUAUCACAUCAGAACAAGCUAAACUGGUUGAUAACCUUGCAAAUUUUGGGAAUGAUGCCUAUGGCUAUGGAAUAAACCCAGUGAGACUAAAGAGUGGUUGUGUACUUGUGUUCCCACACUCCCCACAGUACACAACAGCAUAUACUCACAUCACAUGCGCUUCCUUUUUGAUACCCUGCCCGCUUGCUCUUUCUUAAUUAUGUUGGGCGGACAUCAGAAUAUCCAACCUUCAAAGAUUCUUUAUAGAUGGCAAAAUAUAUAUGCAAAAAGGAAAAAAAGAAGCUUUUCUCUCGCUCGCUAUUAUCAAUCAUCAAACCCAACUCAUCUUUCUCUUCCGGGUUUCUUCUUUUUCUUCUCCUCUUCCUAUAUUAUUGUGAAAAUCUCCCCACCAUGACACCUCCUUCCCUCUCUAUAAAUCCCACUCUCUCUCCUCUCUUCUCCACCACUACUUGUUCCUCCUCUGCUUCUGUCACUGCUUCACCACCUGCUACUUCUCUUUGCUCUACCACUACCCAUUCUUCCGUUUCCUUCCAAGUUUCGAGGUUUAGGUCUUGCAGAGCAAAACCCAUCAGCCUAUUUGCCAAAGAGAUUGGAUUUAACGAGAGUUACAGGAGAAAGGGUAGUGUAGUUAGAGCUGAAGAAGGGAGUGGCAGUGAGAAAAUGACCAUCUCCGAUAAUGUUGAAGAGGAAGAGAAUCCUCCCCUUUUACUUGAUUCAGAGACCAAUUCCAGGCCUCGUCGCAUUGCUCUCUUUGUUGAGCCUUCUCCCUUUGCAUAUGUGUCAGGAUAUAAGAACCGGUUCCAAAAUUUCAUCAAGUACUUGCGCGAAAUGGGGGACGAGGUGAUGGUGGUGACAACACAUGAAGGUGUACCCCAGGAGUUCUAUGGUGCCAAAUUGAUUGGAUCACGAAGCUUUCCUUGCCCCUGGUAUCAGAAAGUACCAUUGUCCCUUGCACUUAGUCCUAGAAUAAUAUCCGAGGUUGCCAGAUUCAAGCCUGAUAUCAUACAUGCAUCAUCCCCUGGAAUAAUGGUUUUUGGUGCCCUUGCUAUUGCAAAAAUGUUGUGUGUUCCCAUAGUGAUGUCGUAUCAUACGCAUGUCCCUGUAUACAUCCCUAGGUACACUUUUAGUUGGCUGGUGAAGCCCAUGUGGAUGGUCAUAAAGUUCCUCCACCGAGCUGCUGAUCUUACUCUGGUACCUUCAGCUGCCAUUGGGAGGGAUCUCCUAGAAGCUCAAGUGGCAGCAGCUAAUAGGAUUCGUCUUUGGAAUAAAGGCGUUGACUCAGAGAGCUUCAACCCUCAGUUCCGUUCGCAUGAAAUGCGAGCGAGAUUAACCAAUGGGGAACCUGAGAAACCACUGAUAGUCCACGUUGGCCGACUUGGAGUUGAGAAGAGCUUGGACUUCCUCAAAGGUGUGAUGGAUAGACUUCCAGAUGCUAGGAUUGCCUUCGUUGGAGAUGGACCGUAUAGACCGGAGCUGGAAGAGUUGUUCAAAGGGAUGCCAGCCGUGUUCACUGGAAUGUUGGGAGGAGAAGAACUCUCUCAAGCAUAUGCAAGCGGAGACGUGUUUGUGAUGCCUUCUGAAUCCGAGACCCUAGGGCUUGUGGUCCUGGAGGCCAUGUCUUCAGGAAUCCCAGUGGUUGGGGUUCGAGCUGGUGGCAUUCCGGACAUAAUUCCGCCGGAGCUCGAAGGCAAAAUCGGGUUCCUGUUCAGCCCUGGAGAUCUCGAUGAAUGCGUGGACAAGUUGGGAACUUUGCUUCAUAACCAAGAGCUGAGGGAGACCAUGGGUAGAGCAGCAAGGAUAGAGAUGGAACAGUAUGAUUGGAGAGCUGCCACUAAGACGAUCCGGAACGAGCAGUACAAUGCCGCCAUUUGGUUCUGGCGUAAGAAGAGAGCACAGCUUCUCAGACCUCUUCAGUGGCUGGUGAAGAGAAUCUUCCCAUCUCCAGAAGUUCAUUUUCAGUGAAAGGCACCAACUGCGAUUGAAGAUGUAAACUGAUAAACGGUAUAUAUGUGUAGGGGGAUUGAUUGAACUAGACUGCUUGUCUGUGAGAUGCCAUUGGAAAGCUAUUUGUGUUUAGAUUUGGAGACCAUGAAAAAUGGGGGGUGGGGGGUGUUGUUGUGACGGAAAUGAUAUGAAUAGUCUUGCAAAAGUAAUUUGGCUUGAUUUGGUUCAGAAAUUUGAUUUGAAAAACACCAAAAAUGUGAAUGAUUUAGGAUUCUCUGUACCUUUUCACUUUCAUGAGGGUGUUGGUGUGCAUUUGCUUAUUAUAAUGUUUUUGUUGAUAAAUGAUUUGGCACGGGGUUACCACGCGCGAUCAGUUUCAUAUGUAAGAUCUUUCGAAUUUAAGAUCAAUCAACUGUGAAGAUCUAAGAAAAAGCGACAAGAUUAUAACUAAAUUAUCCUACGUCAUAAUAGGGCAAGUAUAUUUUCAAUUUAGAAUCCUACGAUGUGUGUAGUAUAGGGCAUAUAUUUUCAAUUUAUCAACCCGGGCAAUUCAUCUACACUUACUUCAGUAAACCAAAACUUAUCUAGCGAUCGGAAUGUAGUUUAAAAUUAUCAAACUAAGCAAACAAACAAUUACAACGAUGUUGAAUUCAAAUGGGAAGGCUCCACUCGAAUGAUUAUUCCCCUAAUCCCGUGUUCAGAAGAGAUUGCGGUGCUCUAGUUUGAUUGGCAAGUUUUAUAUACGAUUAGGAGAAUAAAUAAAGUUAGGAAUCCCUAUUCGAGUGCAUCCUAACCCACCUAAUCUCUCGAAUCGGAGGGGUGUACAACACUACCGCAUUACACGACUAGGGUAACCAAAUCUUCUCCCUCGGGGCAUUGACUCGGAAUGGCAUAGAGCUUUAUUUUGUAAGAUUCCUGUGGGAGUUUUAGUAUGUCCAUCGAACACUAAUAUGAACGGGUCAUGUUUACAUACGGUACUAUCUGGUUGCUAUUACCCUCCGGGUGCGAGCAAGGCAUCAACCGAUAAGCAAAAUCGAAAGAGCUACAGUCCAACAACUUCCACUUUCUCCAAUAAUUCUAAGUAUUUUCG